AUGAAGUACAUACUUGUGGCAGAUGACUAUGUAUCUAAAUGGGUGGAAGCUGUCAUGCUUUCAAACAACGAAGGGAAGAGUGUCACCGCAUUCCUGAAAAAGAAUAUCUUCUCUAGAUUUGGAACACCAAGGGUGAUUAUCAGCGAUAAAGGGCUACGUUUGUUUCCUGGCAAGCUCAAAUCAAAAUGGAUGGGACCAUUCAUACGUGUACACGUGUUCUCACAAGGAAUGGUUGAACUUGAGAAUGAGAAUGGAACAAUAUUCAAGGUAAAUGGUCAAAGGAUCAAAAUCUACUUGGCCCAACUGGAGAAGGUUAAAGAGGCGAUCGAAGAAUGGGAUCUUGAUGAAGCCUAA